UGGAAAUACUCAAAUAAGAGUACCUUAAAAUCGUAUUUAAGUGGGCGUACACUACUUGAGUAAUGUAGGCUACUAAAAGUUAGCUCGCUGUCUGAUAAAUGUGGCAGUUUAGGGAAAUACGAGGAGCUCUGAACGCAUCGGGGUGGAAGUGAGGAGCAAAAACCGAAGCUGCUUUACAAAUGUCAGCGGAUUAAAGUGAGGAGACCUGGAGGAGGAUGCUACAGAAACGCGACCACAUCAACACACACGGGACGGAGCGGAAAUAAAAGGAAUAAGUUCAUUUGGGAGUUUUUUUUUUUAAUAGCAGGCAAAGUUUGACGUAAUUCUUCUCCCCGGGGUCGAGACAUCAGGAAAAGGCUGUAGUGUCAUCAUGGAAGUAUUUCCUAAGAAGUAAAAGAUAUCUUCAACUUGGACUUGGAGGUAACGUGGGUGAAAACAUUUACAGCAGCAAGUUGUCAGCAGUAGUUCAGGAUUUCCAGAUGUGUUUGCUGAUGCAGACAGCGGCUGGCUAAUGAAAUACACUCACACCCCAAGAAAAAAGUUCUAACCUUGCAGAUUUUUAGGAUUUAUUAAAGUCGCUGGUUAACGAAUAUAUGACCGGCUUUAGUGUUUAGUCAGAAAAAAGUCCCAGAAUAACGGAGUUUUCAACUUUUUUCCCCCCUGGAUAUAACGACUCGUCGACGUUUUGCGAUAUGGACGGACACCGAGGAGACAAACUAAAGGAUAAUAAAUAGUAAGAGCUGGACGGUGUGAUGAAAAUGUUAUUUCGGUGAAGACCUUGGAAACUCGCAAGGGAAGCCCAAUGAGUGGGACACAGUCAACACUCACUGACAGGACCCCAAGCAUUCUCAACAAGGACCCCACAGACAAGAAACCUAAGAAUGACAAAUCGUCCGUCUCCCUCAAACAUGAGUUUGACCCUACAGGACUUGUCCAGCGUUGUGUGAUAAUCCAGAGAGAUGAAAAUGGCUUCGGGCUGACAGUAAGUGGAGACAACCCUGUGUUUGUGCAGCUGGUCAAGGAAGAUGGAGCUGCAAUGCGAGCAGGUGUCCAGACAGGAGAUAGGAUCAUUAAGGUUAAUGGGACCUUAGUUACACAUUCAAACCACAUAGAGGUCGUAAAGCUGAUAAAAUCUGGAUCCUAUGUAGCCCUGACAGUGCUGGGCAGGCCUCCUGGGCUUCCUCAUAUCCCUCUGGAGGAAGAAGAGAAGGAGGAAGGGGGAGAGGUCAGCUCGCUCUCCUCUCUCUCCGUGCCCCACUCACCUGCACUGCCGGGCAGAGAGCAACGCAGCAGCACGUCCUGCGGCCCUCAGGAGCACAUCGCCUCCCCUCCGCCUGAUGGGGAUGAGAACAAAGCCACACACAGCCAGAAAGUCGACAGCCUGCAAAAGAUGCUAACCAAGGAGCAACAGGAGUUACAGGCAAAGGAGGAGGAUUACAGCAGAACCCCCCGACCUAAACUACUGAAGGAGAUCCAGGAGGCAAAGAAGCACAUUUCACUGCUGCAGGAGCAGCUCAUCAGAGCAGCAGCAUUACAGGAUGGAGCCACAGGGACCAGGAGCGGUGAGACUGAGGAGGGGGACAGUACGUCUCCCCUGAGGGAUCAGACAGCGUACUCGUGGAACAACAACUCUAUGUGCAGCAGUCCCCUCCCAGACAGUCCUGGCAAAAGAGAGACGCCCUGUCAGAGCCCAAACAUCAGCCACAGAGACGGCCUCAACUCUUGCUCGUCGCCUGACACUGAGGACACCCCUGACUCUGACUCCAGCGCCCAGUGCAUUGUGGGUAGCCCUCCCUACCUCCUCCACCCCCAGAUCAUUGGAGCAGAAGAUGACUACUUUGACUCUCAACAAGAGCAGAUUAACGGACAGUGCAGCUGUUUCCAGAGUUUAGACUUGCUGAAGUCUCGGCCGGCUCACCUCGCUGUCUUCCUCCAUCAUGUUGUGUCACAGUUUGACCCAGCGCCUCUGCUGUGUUAUCUCUACGCCGACAUGCACAAGCAAACCAGCUCCAAAGAAAGCCGACGCUUCUUCAUCGAGUUCCACUCGCUCUUCAUGGAUCGGGCAGCAAAUCUGAAAGUACCAGUGCCAGAGACAAUUGCUGCUGAACUGGAGAAACGGAGGCUGGAGUUAAUCCCAGAGGAUCUCUGCAAACAGUACACCCAGCUGUUACAGGACACACUCCUGCCAGACCUGCACAAGAACCUGGAAGACUUCAGACAGAAGCGCAGUAUGGGUCUGACUCUGGCUGAAGACGAGCUGUCUAAGCUGGACUCAGAGCAAGGAAAAGACCAGCAGAACAUGGAGAAGGAAUGUUCCUGUGCUGAACACAUCCUCUCCAAGAUAGAAGAUAUCCUGUUGACUUCACAGCCAACAGAAGAGGAGAAGUGCCAAACGAUGCAGUAUGUGAUUCUCACCUAUAUGAAGCACCUCGGGGUGAAAGUGAAGGAGCCUCGUGGCCUCGAACAUAAACGAGCGCGUAUUAAUUUCCUGCCCAAGAUAAAGAAGAGUAUCAAGCCUGAGAAGGAGGGUGAGGAGAAGGUGAAAAAGCCUCGGUUUCCCAACAUCCUCGGCCCUCCUCGGCGUCUGAGCAGAGUGGAUUCAACGUCAGUCGGUAAAGCCGUGGAGCUGAACAAGCAGCGCUCACCAAAGCAGCUCCCUCAGUCGGCCUUCGGCAUCCCCGAGCAGUCCGACUCUUCUGUCUCGAAUUCUGGACGGAGCCGUGGAAAUCAGCUCAGUGAAAGCUCGGACACGGGCGCCCAUGUUUCGCCUUCUACCACCUCCCCUAUACACAGCUCCCCCACUGGUCAGGCCUCAGAUACUAGUGGACAAGACUCAGACUCCAACGUCUCCCCGUUUCCCAUCCAGCCCAGACUGGGCGAGGGUCUGCAGUCUGGCGACCAUCAGGACGGCGUAUCCAGUCCGACCAGCACUCAGUUUGACUUCAGCCCCUCCAACCUGGAGCAGUUACAGGAGGAAGACCAGGAGACUUUCAGUAGGAUGGAGGCUCAGUGUCCGGUGAGCUCAGCUGACAUCCAGAGUGAAGACGACCAAGGAGGUGAGGCGGAGUGUGAAGAAAACCUUCCGAACUGGCAGAGUCUGGUCAGCCGAGGCGUCCUGGCGAGCCUGACGCCGCAGGAGAUCAAAAGGCAGGAAGUCAUCAAUGAGCUGUUCUACACUGAGCGCGCCCACUUGCGGAUGCUGAAGGUGUUGGACUGUGUUUUCUAUCAGAGGUUGAGCAGAGACGGUGUCCUCCCCUCAGAAGAUAUCAAACACAUCUUUACGAACCUGGAGGAAAUCAUUCAGCUGCAUGUUUCUGUUACAGAGCAAAUGACAUCGAUCAGGAAGAGGAGCGAGACGUCGGUGAUCGGUCAGAUCGGAGAUGAUCUUCUGGCAUGGUUCAGCGGCGAGGAAGAGGAGAAGAUAAGAGGAGCGGUGGGAACUUUCUGUAGUAACCAGCCCUCUGCACUGGAGCUCAUCAAAACCAGAAAGAAGAAAGACCAUAGGUUCAUUUUAUUCAUGCAGGAGGCCGAGAGUAACCGUCUGUGUCGCAGGCUGCAGCUUAAAGACAUCAUUCCUGUGGAAAUGCAGAGAGUGACAAAGUACCCACUCCUGCUGGACAAUAUUGCCAAGUACACAGAGGAUGGUGAGGAGAGGGAAAAGGUGAAGAAAGCUGGAGAAUGUUGCAAAAAGAUCCUCAACCACGUCAACCAAGCUGUCAAAGAAGCUGAGAACAAACAGAGGCUCGAGGAGUAUCAGAGACGGUUGGACGUCUUGUCGCUAAAACCGAGUGAAAACCCUGUCGUCCUCGAGCUGAAGAAUCUGGACCUGACCAAGAGGAAGAUGGUACAUGAAGGACCUCUCUCCUGGAAAGUCAAUAAAGACAAGACAAUUGAGCUGUACACGAUCCUCCUGGAGGACAUCCUGGUUUUACUGCAGAAACAGGACGAGCGCCUGAUCCUCAAAUUCCACGGCAAGAAUCUGGCCAGCGCCACCGACACCAAGAACAUCUUCAGCCCCAUCAUCAAACUCAACACUGUCUUAGUUCGUCCAGUAGCAACUGACAACAAGUCUUUCUUCGUGCUGUCCAUGUCGGAGAACGGGGCUCAGAUCUACGAGCUGACGGCUCAGACGGUGUCCGAUCAAAGAACGUGGCAGCGUCUGAUCACGCAACGCGCUGACGCCAUGAAGGCCAAACCUCACAACAGCGACACGUCUCCAGCACCGUCUGAUGUUGAGCGGGAUGCUAUUGAGAUCAUCAACCGUGGGAUGCCCAAGUCCAGCAAAGAUGCUAAUGGCACAGCAAGUGGAAGUAUCCAUUCUUCAGACAUUCAAGCCCCACCAAGUCUCAACCCUUUCGAUGGCAUGAAGUCAGAAGAUGAGGAAGAGGAGCUGUCCGUGGCUAAUAGACAGGGUGAGGAGGAGGAUGAUGAGGUCGAUGAAGAAGAACUAGAGGCUUUCCUGGACGGGCAGCUGGGAGACACACUGCCCUUCCUGCCGGAAGGGUCACGCCAAGGCAUCGCCAUUGAAAACCAGGAGCACAACGUAUUCGGCCUACCCGCCUCCAAAGCUGAAGAUGCUCUGAAGACAUUGGAGACGCUGAAGCAGGUUCUUUCCAACCACAUGAUGAGCAGAGAGGCGGAGGAGGAGAAAGAGGAGACUGAGGAGAAUAAACCAAGCGGGGCUCCUGGCUGUCAGUUGAGCGCCUCUUUGCCAGGGAGCCCAGAGGGGCCUUCUGCUGCGUGUGAUGAAAGCCGAGCAUCUGCAAGUUCACAAAAAGACUCUCAACAGUCAUCUGGACACACAGGACUGUCUGAGACAACUGAACGCAACGGUGGUUUUGUGGUUCUGGAUUUUGGUGGGACCUCUGAGGAGAGCAGCACUGAUGAUGACGGGGGAGUAGGAGGUGACGUGGGGAUCGACAUGAGGAAACUGCUGUCCUCCUCCUCGCAGACAGGGGCCGGUGGCGGCGGGCCCAACCUCAGCCGGCAGCUUAUGACCCACCUGCGCCUCCUACAGGCUGACCUGCAGUAUCUGAAGGAGGUGGAGAUGAAGUACAACGAGCUGAGACAAACACUGCCUGACGUGGCUACUGACUCAGACGACAACAACGAUGGGAUUCAGUGAUGACAGACUUCCUGUUGUCUCGGUCGUGUGAGCCACGUUUCAUGUUACUCCGUGAUCACAUUCAUCUGGACGAAUCCUCGACCACUUAUUAUUGUUGUCGCCAAUAACGGAGGCUUAACGCCCAUAUGACAAUCAGUGGAAGACUUUAUCAUCGUUAUAAGGGAUGUUCCACUAUAAACUCAAAAUCCUUCAAGAGAAGAGACACUACGGAAUAAGCCGAGGACAUUCCAGUCACGUUUUGCUAUUAUAAUAAUCAACUGCAUAAAUUAUCUUAAACACUGGAGAUAUGGAACGGAAAAGGGUAAAUCAAGUGUGUGAAGUCACACACCUGAUGAGAAGCAUUCAGAAAUGAAAGAAGACGUGAGGACUGUGACAGUAGAUUAUUCUUCAGGACUCAGAGCACUGCUGUAAGCUUGAUAUAAAAGUCUGCAAUAAGAAAUAAGAGAUAGCCUCUAUAUAUUCAGCCAAACACUUAAUGUUUUCACGAUUUUUUUUUUAACUGUGCUGAAUAGCAACCCCCCACCCCCCAAAUGCCAGAAUUUCCUCCUGCCACACUGACACUGUUUCAAAAAUUCAGGAUGGUUCACAAAAAAUGUACAAUAAGCUUUAAAACCAUUCCUUCCAUCCUUAAAUUUCUCCAAAGGACUUUUUAUGUUUGUCUUUAGCCUUUCUUUGUAUAAGUAAAACACAACCAACAAAUCUAAAGCUCACUAAUUAACAUGCUGUAUUUGGUUUGUUUAAUUUGUAAAAAUGACAAAUUAAACAAUUCAUGACAGCUGGAUGCAGUGUUUGUGUGCAGCUUCUUGUUGUCACACUGAGGUUGGAAAGUUUGGUACCUUCAUAUCUGUACAGAGAAUAAAACUUGAGCUCACAGACCAUAUAUGCUAACCCAUGCUAUAGCUAAAGAAUGGAUAAACUGUUGUUUGUCAAGAAAUAAGAAAACCACAUUUUGUUUUAACAUUUCUUUUACUGUAAAGAUUAA